UGCUUUGUGUUGUUUGUGUGCAGGAUGUUCACCAGCACUGCAAUGGCUCAGCUCUGUAUCCUGGGUCUCAUGUGGAUAUUUGGCUGCUUCCAGUUUGACUCGCGCAGCCUCGCCAUGUCCUACAUCUUCACUGUGCUCAACAGCUUCCAGGGAGUCUUCAUCUUCAUCAUGCACUGCCUGCUCUGCAAGCAGGUUCGGGAUGACUACAGGAACCUGCUCUCCACUGCAUGCAGCUCCAAGAAGUACGCUGAGUUCAGCAGCACAAGCCAGUCUGCCAGCUCACAGGGGAUGAAGAGCCAGCAAGACACGGGGGAGUCCCAGAUGUAGAGGCUUCAGCUCUUGAGACUGUCCACGGCUUCGCUCUGCUGUGAAUACAAGAGGGCGCUAAAGCCACCUCUUGAAGCUCGUUCGCCACCACAGGACUGGUUCACCGUGGGGUCUGAAUCUGACUCGCGAACAGAGUUGCGUGACUCCAUUGUUUGUGGACUUUUUAAAAGGGGAAAAAAAAAGCUUUUUUUUUUUUUUUUUUUUUUUUUUUUAACACUUCCAUAAAAAGCUCUGUUUUUCAGAGCUGUGUGAUACGUUGGUUAUUUUAAUGUUGCAUAGCAAAGCGUUCUUGCGCUUCAGUUUGCUGUGCGAAGCUGCUAAAGUUAAACCGGCUGCAGCCCGCGUGUGUUCUGCAGCUGCAGCUGCUUUAUCGCGCCAGCAGAGUGGAUGAUUCGCGUGGUUCUGCGUGUGCUCGACCUGAAGCAGAACUCGGACUCUCCAGAAGGAAUUUCACGGGUUCCCUUUGCAGGGGACGCCACAAUUCCAACCUGUAUAUUAGUCCUAAAAAUAGACUUUAUUUGACUUCUUUAAUUUCUGUUAAUAGGGCCGUAUAUUUCAAACACUGCAACAUACAAACGUGCCGCUGGGUCCCAACGCCAAGCCACUUCCUUUGCUGUAGGUCAGGUACACUCCAGAGGUCGAAAUGAAACGGGAGCAUGUGAUCUACAGCGCGGGACAUGAAUAAGUACCAGGAUGUAGCUGAUUUUAUAUAUAUGUAUGUUAGCGUUUUCCAGAAAUUGCCCCACAUUACAGAUUCCACGCGUUAUAUUUUCAUUGCAGGACACUUCCACAAGGGGUCAGUGUUUCUUAUAACAUUCUCGCCUCUGCUUGGAGAUAGUGAAGAGAACGCGCACUAACGCUAUUAGCAGAAGCUUUGUAAAUGUGGAACUCAGCCAUUCAUUCACAAAUAAGAAUUGCACUGUACACACAACAGAUGUUAAUAUUUUUUCACAAUGAUUCUUUUUGAACGUUUGGUGACGA